UCGUGCACCUCGCAGGGCGGAGAGCACUUCCUUGUCAACAUGGCGGCUCCCUUGACUCUGCUCCUGGUGGUCGCCGUCACGGUCCGUGCCGCGCUGUACCGGUCCAGUUUAGCGGACCUGAUAUCGGAGCGGGUGGAGGUGGUGUCCCCGCUGACCGCCUGGAAGAGAGUUGUUGAAGGUUUGGCUCUGCUUGACCUGGGUGUGUCGCCGUACUCUGGAGAUGUUUUCCAUGAGACUCCGCUCAUCAUUUACCUCUUUCACUUUCUGGUCGACUAUGCAGAGAUAACGUUCAUGUUAGCGGAUGUGAUCACUGCCGUGGCUCUCUACAUGGCGGUGACAGACUACAACAAACAAGUGUUCAGGAAGCAGAAGUUUGCCUUGGAGGCAGACCUCUACCCGCUGGACUGUCUGGAGCUCAUCAGAAGCCCAAAAGAAAUGUACUACAUCCCUCUCAAAGUGGCCAUGUUCUACCUGUUGAACCCGUUCACCAUCCUGUCCUGCGUCGCCAAGUCGACCUGCGGUCUGAACAACGCCGCCAUCGCCCUCUUCAUCCUCACCACCAUAAAAGGAAACGUUUUGCUGAGUGCCAUAUUUCUGUCCUUGGCCACAUAUCAGUCCAUCUAUCCUCUCACUCUGUGCGCUCCAGCGCUGCUGUACUUCAUGCAGCGUAAGUACAUCCCGGUGAACUUUCGGCGGGCCAGCUUCUGGUGGUUCAUCGCGCAGUACGCCUUCAUGUACCUGGGCAGCCUGUUCGUCAUCGUCGGUCUCUCCUUCUUCCUGCUCGGCUCGUGGGACUACCUGCCGUCUGUCUACGGCUUCAUUCUCUCAGUACCGGACCUGACCCCGAACAUCGGCCUCUUCUGGUAUUUCUUCGCAGAGAUGUUUGAACACUUCCGCCUCUUCUUCCUCUGCGUCUUCCAGAUCAACGUCUUCUUCUACACCAUCCCUCUGUCCAUUAAACUCAAGGAGCAUCCGGUGUUUCUGAUCUUCAUGCAGUUAGCUGUGAUCUCCAUCUUUAAGUCGUACCCCACCGUGGGAGACCUUGCUCUCUACAUGUCCUUCCUUCCUGUCUGGAGUCACCUACACAGAUUCUUGAGGAACAUCUUCCUCGUGUCCUGCGUCCUGCUCGCCUGUUCGGCUCUGUUCCCUGUUCUCUGGCACCUCUGGAUCUACGCCGGCAGCGCCAACUCCAACUUCUACUACGCCAUAACGCUGCUGUUCAACGUGGCACAGAUUCUGCUGGUGUCGGAUUAUUUCUACGCUUUCUUGAGGAGGGAACACCAUCUCACCUAUGGACUGUACCUGAAGAGGAAAGAUGGCUCCGAGGCGACACUGGUUCUUAAAUAGAAACACAGACAAACACCGCCUCUACCAGGAAGCGAGAGAAAGUGCUCGAGGUCUCACUUAUCCUCACAGGGAACAAACACAAACUGAGGAGGAUGGAAAGACUUUGAAAGCCACACCGGUCCUCAGACAGAACAUUGGCACGCGUGCAGGAAGUGUGCCCACGGUACCACGUCAUAUGCAAACUGCAAGACACACAACAUACAACAUGACAGACACAUGUACAGAUGGGAUGUAGGGACGUGGCUGCAACCACGUGAAACAAACAAACAACUCUCUGUCCUCUUUUCACUCUCUCCUCUGGGCCGCUCUUAUUUUGAAGCCUCACUCUGCCUGGAACCUGCGCCUGCAGAGGUUGGAAUUUUAUUUUGAAGCCUUGUCACACUGAGAAUUUUAUUUUGACACUCUGUUUAAUCUGCAGCUUUGUCCUGGGGAGGGUUUUAUUUUAAAACUAGUCUGAAGCAGAUUUUUUAUUUUCUGGAUGGAAACGUCACUCUGGGGAGGCUUUUAUUUUGAAGCCUUGUUCCUCCUUAAACACCAAAAAAGUUAGAGCAAUAUGGGAACCCCCCGUUGAUUUGAUAAUUCCUGAUAUCCAGCUCUCUUGCUCACGUUUGUUUGGUUACUAUUUAAGUCUGUCUGUAAGCCUUUUGCCCUAAUCUGACACAGUCUGCUGUUUAAUGAACAAACUUUAGAUUAUCAGCGUUGCCUCUCAUCUCAAGUGAAAACCAGUCGAACCAAUACUAACCUCAUCACAGUACAUGAUGUGAUCGCUUCAGCUGCCUGAAUCAGAGUCGGGAUACUGAUCUCUAAACUGUAGACUGAGUGAGUCCGACAAAGACAACAGUGAAUGUGUUUCAUGGACUUACUGAAGUGCUUAAAUUCAUUUUGUGUUUUCUGCAUGUCAGACUUACAGCUUCAUAAAUUUGAAUCCCAAGUUUUCACAAAGGACACAAUUCCCGCUAGUAGUCAAAAUUCGGACUCAUAAAGUUCCACCAAAUGAAGUUUCAUAUUUUUCUCUAUUUCUGCAUGCAAGUUAAUAUAAUAAAAGUUAUUGUAACAUUUAGAUGAAUUAAUUUUAAAUGAAUCAUUCCCUGUUAUAAAUUGUUUCAGGGUUCAGGAUGGGAAGUUACACGUACGUGUAGUGCGGCCUCUCCUUUAAUCUGCAAACUUCGACUUUAAUGAAGAAUCUCAUGCUCACAAAACAUCUGUACCUGUAGGCGAAGCUACUGACACACAUCUGCCUAAAAACCUUUGAUUAAUUCUUUAAUUCGCACCCUGAAAUUAAGCCUUAAACAGCCUCAGAAGUGUUGGUGUAAUGUUUCAUUUUCUAUGUUUUUGUUCAAUAAUUGGUUUCUCCUGGCCUUCCUGUAAAAAACAAGAUGAGCAACAACAAAUACGCACAAAAAAAGACGAGCAUUUGAACAUCUGCACCUGAAUGUGUUUUUAUUUAAACUGGUUUUCAUGUGAAAUGACGGUAAGAUCGAUGACUCUGCAGAUACCAGUCGCUUCAGUUGCUUUCUUAAAUGUGAUCCACGUUUUAUAAACUACUGAUCUGAAGGUCAACAGUCGCCAUUUUGAUACCAAUGAUUGAAAAUUUGAUAUUAUUUAUUUGCUGCACUACAAAAAACUUUUGUUUUUCUUUCUUUCAUAAAAAAAUGGAGGAUCUCUUGUUUUGUUUUGAUACUGUACAAAUGAAUGUUUUGUUUUGUUAAAGAUAUUCAGGGUUGGAAAUGGGGCGAUGUUAUAUUUGAUGAAUGAGACAUGAACAUGUCGUGAAUAAUGAUUAUUAAACUUGAGGUGUUGAUUUCA